AGCACCCCGGAUGCCAGGAAGGACAAGAAAGACGCCCUAAAAAAGAACUCAUCUGGUGUUGCUUUGUAGGAAGGGGACUAUCAGGAAUCUUUCUAGAUGUGUCUUCGUAGGAUUUAGCCAUUUUUGAUGUUUUGUCUGGUAAUAUCACGUUGAAGUUUCCUAUGAUUCUUGUUUUGCUCCAACUGGACAUGGUCUGUUCCAAAAAAGCAGCUGGGUUACUACCUGUUGAUAAAGAGUCCAAGUCUCCAAAGCCUUCCUCCAAGUCAAAACAGCGCCUCUCGGUAUUUGGUAAUCUUCUUAGUGAAGAUGAAGCUAAUCGUCUCCGGUCAGAUUAGGCCACUGGCUCUUGUGUCUGCCCUAGUACUUGUUUUUCGCAGUUUAUCAGAUUGCUAUGACCCGAUGGACCCAAACGGAAACAUUACAAUAACUUUCGACAUUUAUAAGUGGACGAUCGAUGGAUAUAUGGCGAGAGUGACAAUCCAGAACUACCACCAGUAUCGCCACGUGGAAAAACCGGGUUGGAAGUUAGGAUGGACAUGGGCUAGGGACGAAGUCAUAUGGUCGAUGUCGGGCGCUUUCGCCACCCAACAAGGGAAUUGCUCAUCAUACAAGUUCCAGAUCCCCCACUCUUGCAAGAAACAACCCAUGAUCCUCGAUUUCCCACCAGAGGCUUCACCAGAGAACAGGUCAGAAGACUGUUGCCGCGGCGGCCUCCUAUCAUCGUGGGCUAUAGACCCUUCCAAGUCAUUCUCUUCUUUUGAGAUUCAAGUUGGACACUUGGAGGGAAACUCUACUGGAUAUGCACCUCUAAAUCUUACUCUGAUGGCGCCAGGUCCCGGUUACACAUGUGGCCCAGUCAUCGACACCGAACCAACAGUUUCUUCGGAUAUUGGUGGGAGGAGAGAAGUUCAGGUUUUCAGAACAUGGAAAUCAACUUGCACGUAUUCCAGCUUUUUGGCAAACAAAGCACCGGUUUGCUGCGUGUCACUGUCCACAUUUUAUAACCCUCUCAUCACUUCUUGUCCUACAUGUAGCUGUGGAUGUAAAGAAGCAGGUCCCAACACUUCUUCCUGCAUAAGUGAAGGAGCUGCCCUGCCUCAGUCUGAUGCCCUCAGCGAUACAGAUGUCGUGCAAUGCACCGAUCAUAACUGCCCAAUCCGUGUUCACUGGCACCUUAAGAACAACUAUUUAGAUCACUGGCGGGUGAAACUAACAGUCUCUAACUAUAAUUACAAGAGAAACUACUCCAACUGGAAUGUCUUGGUCCAGCAUCCCGGUUUUGGCCAGUCCGCAAUGGCAUAUAGCUUCAACAGUUCAGUUCUUCCAACCGUCGGAUUGGAAGAUGAGGUUGCUCUCUUCUGGGGAAUAGACUACUACAACACUGAACUUCUGCAGGCAGAUAAAGAUCAACUAGGUUCAGUCACCACAGAAAUACUUCUGAAGAAAGACAUGGUAACAUUCACUCUAGGGAAUGGUUGGGCUUUUCCUCGAAGAAUAUAUUUCGACGGUGAAAGCUGCCAAAUACCUCUUCCAGACAAAUUUCCAGUGCUGCCUAGCGGCAGCUUGAGUCUAAAUCCCAUUCCUAACUUAUUCCUUCUACUGACAAUCACAUUAACUCUCAAACUGGUGAAUUCCUGGCUCUGA